ACCUGAUUGGUGAAUCGCGGACUGAUGAUGAUCCUUGCGAAGACAGUUUUAGGAUAACCGAUCAGACUGUGUCCGCUCGUCAUUUGCCCAGUAAACCUGCUCACUUCAAGAUGAAACGUAUUAUCUGUCUACUGGUUAUCUAUGUCGGUCUCAUAAAUGGACGUGAAAAAGGUAAGUCGUUGUUGUGAACUAGAGUGUUGGGAAUGUUUGGUAAGGGUUAGGGGGGGGGGGAGUUCGUUGAUCGUGAGACUGCUCAGUGAGUUGCUGAUCGUGAGGUCAGAGCGUGAAGUUGGUUCGUGGUGCUGAGCUUCAGCGUAUGGUGAGUGUUUGUGUGGGGGGUGUAAAAGAGCAGAGUGUCAGUUAGUCGAGAGAUGAGCCCGAGAGUUAGAGGCUAGAGAAGCGAGAUCGUCUAGCGUGGUGAGAGUCCGAGAGUCCCGAGUAGAUCGUUAGAGUUGUCAAGAGUCGAGCAGGGAGAGGUAGUGUUUAUGUUAGAUUCGCUGUGGGGCUUGUUGCCUGAGGUUAUUUCUCAGCCAGAUAUAUAUAUAUAUUUACCAAGUGGGGAUUUUGGUACAUACAAUGCAUAAUUUACAAAGGACUGUUCAGUGUUUGAGUUACUUGACCGAGAUGGAGAUACGAGAAUUAAUCAAACAGUUCUGACAUGAGGCUAGACAUUGAAGUAUUCGCCAUCGGAGGUGUUAGACAAAUGACAGAAGGCCAAAAACAGCCGUGAAAAGUGUAUAGCUUUGUUAUCAAAAUGUCAGUUUUAGCGAUGGUCAACAAUAAAAAACAAAAGAUGAAUAGGGUGCCUAUGACCUGUGAUGCACCCUCCUUGCCCUACCUCAUUUUCUGUUUCGGCUUAAUCCUGAAGUGUCAAAGUGUCCUCUUUUUAUAGCCAUUUUCAUUGUUUCUAUAGAAUAGUAGUUACUAUCCUAGUGUCUCAUUUUUAUUUUACUUAGUUUACAUGUUUUAAUAAUUGUAAAGCGCUUAGAGCUUUAUGAUAAGCGCUAUAUAAAAAUGCCUAAAUAAAUAAAUAAAUAAAUAAAUAUCGUAAACAGCAUUGGACGGAGUGUUACGCAUUGCCUUCUAUAGCUGGAAAUUAAUCUCUUAGUUGAAGUUAUUGGCUCGUUGUAAUCAGUGCCUAUCAAAGGACGAGACAAUAGAGAAAUACAAUAGCAAAAAUACGACACUCAAAACUGUUGCUAAUUAGAAUUAAUAACAUUUCUUUAAGUAUUCAUGUGAUUACAAAAACAAAAGAAAUAUAAUUACAAUCAUCAACUUACAGAGUAUGAGAAGUCUUGUACCAGUAGACAGUUAGUAGAACGGGACAAUUAAUAAUGUACAAUGAUGAAUGCGAAUAAACACAUAUGAGUACACACAGAAUAACACAGUUGUGUUGUGAAGUGAAAAAUAUCUCUAUCAAUCUCUCUGUUUGUCUUUCCAUUCCCCAACUUUAUAUAUGUGUAUCGCCUGUUUCUAAGAAGAUUCGGCGGCAGAAUAUACAUUGUAGUCGACACCCGAAUCUUCUUCAAAUUUCUAUAAUUUAUUGUAAUUUUGUACCACAUUCGAGUCAAGACAAACAGACGAUAGAUUGUUUUUGGUAAGAAAAAGAUCAAAAGAAAUAGGCCACGCCCUUAGCGAACGCAGUCUAUUUUGGGGUCACACAGACUUCACGGCACGGGGAAAGUGUGAUGUAAACACGUCCUACAUAACACAGAGAAAUAUAGAAUCCACCUUUUUUACAUUUCAUUUUUGUAUUAGUGUCUUCUUCUUUCAGUUGAAUACAUGGAAAGAAAAAAAAAUUAACUUACUGAGAAUAAUAUUAUCGACGACAGGCAAUUUUUUUUUUUUUUAAAUCACUAACGUUUGGUUCAUUUUUACCUUUUAACAUUGGUUCAUUUGUGAAUUUUACGUUUGGUUCGUUUGUACCUUUUAACAUUGGUUUGUUUGUGAAUUUAAAGUUUGGUGCGCUUGUACUUUUCAAACAUUGGUUUGUUUGUGAAUUUAGCGUUUGGUUCUUUUGUACCUUUUAACAUUAGUUCGUUUGUGAAUUUAGCGUUUGGUUCUUUUGUACCUUUUAACAUUAGUUCGUUUGUGAAUUUAGCGUUUGUUCGUUUGUGCCUUUUAUUUUGGUUCGUUUGUACCUUUUAACUUUGGUUCGUUUUGCCUUUUAACUUUAGUUCGUUUGUACCUUUUAACUAUGGUUCGCUUACACCUUUUGACUUUGGUUUCAUUUGUGAAUUUAAAGUUUGGUUCGUUUGUGCCUUUAAACUUUGGUUCGUUUGUACCUUUUAACAUUGGUUUGUUUGUACCUUUUAACAUUGGUUUGUUUGUACCUUUUAACUUUGGUUCGUUUGUACCUUUUAACAUUGGUUUGUUUGUACCUUUUAACUUUUGUUCCUUUCUACCUUUUAACUUUUGGUUCGAAUUUACCUUUUAACAUGGGUUCGUUUCUUCCUUUUAACUUUUGGUUCGUUUGUACCUUUUACCAUUUGGUUCGUUUGUAUCUUUUAACAUUGGUUAGUUUGUACCUUUUAACAUGGGUUCGUUUCUUCCUUUUAACUUUUGGUUCGUUUGUACCUUUUACCAUUUGGUUCGUUUGUACCUUUUAACAUUGGUUUGUUUGUACCUUUUAACAUGGGUUCGUUUCUUCCUUUUAACUUUUGGUUCGUUUGUACCUUUUACCAUUUGGUUCGUUUGUAUCUUUUAACAUUGGUUAGUUUGUGAAUUUAACGUUUGUUUAAUUUGUAGCUUUUAACUUUUGGAUCGUUUGUACAUUUAACUUUUGGUUCAUUUGUACCUUUUACCGUUUGGUUAGUUUGUAUCUUAUAACACUGUUUCGUUUGUGAAUUUAACGUUUGUUUAUUUGUACCUUUAACUCUGGUUCGUUUGUCCCUUUUAACCGUUAGUUUGUUUGUACCUUUUUAACUUUGGUUCGUCUGUAUCUUUUCGUCAUUUCAGCCCCGGCAGUUCCACCCUGCGAUCGGGUCGUCUGUUACGUGACCUUGAAUGGAAUGCGUCGGCCAGGGGUUGGGGGGUUCCGUCCAGACAAGAUACCACCGAAGUUCUGCACCCACAUCAUCAUUGGCCACAUGACGAUUGUGAAAAGCGAGCUAAAGGCUAACAUGAAAGCUGACCAUGAUAUGUAAGUCGUGGAAUUUCACGUGCAUGACUUAUUAAACUAGCUUUUAAAUGCACUUGGAUAUAAACCAUGCCCAGUUACAUCGCGAACCAAUCUACAAUCAGUGGAGCCAGAACAAUGAAUACAUUGAUUGGGGGGGGGCCCUCAAAAUCUAGAAGAAGAAGAAGAAGACUAACCUAGCUAAGCAAGACUGAAAAUACUGAGGGUGGAUUUAACCACUUAAAGCACAAAUUCAUUGGGCGUAGGCAACAAGACAACAACAACAAAGAAAGCGGUUUAAACAUUUAAAAAAAAACUAAAUUCACUUACAUAAGUCGCGAGACGGUAAUCAAGUAAGAAGCCAGGUAACCCAUUAGAAUCUGAAUUUCAAUGUCUAAGGUCAGAAGCCGAUGACACCAUCUUUCACUAAAAAAACCCAAAUGCAAUUACUUACGUCUUAAAAGUGAAGCCACGUUAUAAAACUGGGAUUGAAAAUUCACAUUGUAAAAAAACAGUGUACUUCUUCUCUUAUAUUGUGAGGACCCAUGAUAAAUCUAUUGGUCAUUCUCGCUCCUAUGCUUCAUUUAUUUCUCGUUAAGCUAGAGUUUACGCUAGUAGUUUGUUGUUUUUUUUUUUUUUUUUGGGGGGGGGGGGGGGCGUUAGUUAACACUUACCACAGUGUCACUGCAAUAUUGUUAUUUUAAAAUGUAUAAAAAUUCUAAAUUUUUUUUUUUAAAAAUAAAGAAAUAUUAAGCCAUGAUUCCAAUGCACUCCGUACCUGCCAGAUUCAAAGAGAUGCUACGGCUCAAAGUGCUGGAACCACUUCUGGAUGUCAUCGUCUCGGUCGAGGCGAACAAGCAGAUAUCGGAGUUGGUCGAAGACGAUGAAAGGCGUCUCAAGUUCGUGGCGUCCGUGGUCAAAUACCUGCGUGAGAUGGAACUGGACGGGCUGAACCUCGCACUCGUCAAUCCCAACAUCAUACCGGAAGAACCCGAGGAAAAGCUCAAAUAUUCGUAUCUGAUGAGGGUAAGGUCUGUGAUGCUUAAAAAAAAAAAAGGUAGUUUUCAUUAGUUUGAACGGACCAGAUAACACCGAGGGCCAAACCCUUGCUCUAUAAUGCCCUAAAAAAAAAUAUGUUUGAUUGAUUCAUUCAAACUAGCAUUUGUGCAAAUAUUCAACAAGGUGUCUUCAAUACAGUUGUAGCUGAGUGGAAUUAUUGGUUUGAAAGUUUGGCGGAUACAGCCAAUAACGUUGAGACACGCUGUAGUUGUUAUUUCAAUAAGGCACAAGGGCUAGAAAAUGGGGGAUGCUGUCGGAAAAUAUACGUUACGUAUACAAACACAGGCUAAUUCAGUGAAGCAAGCAUUUGGUUUCGUGAACUUUUGGGUAAUUUCAGGCCAUUUUUAGUAGGAAAAGAAGUAGUUUAGGGGCGUGAAAGGGAAGAAGGGUUGUCGUAUAAUACACAUCUGAUAAAUACUUCUCAAAACUUAACUAUGUUAGAAACGUGACUAUCAAUUACAUGGACACUUCUUUUUAAAGUUAGAAAUUGUGAUGAGAUUUCGCAAUAGCAGGUAUAAAAAUAUAGCAAAGAACAUACCAUUAUUAUCCUGAUAACAUCGGGUCAUAUAUUCUAGUAUAUAUAUAUAUAUAAGAUUAUACCUGAUUCGAUACUCCAACUGUCGUUGUCAUGCAUGGGAGUUCAUUAAUAAUUGUUGCACACCUGAGAUUAUAUUUGAUUGUGUGCGGUGUGUCUUUGAGAGUUUAAAUAACUUAGUGAACGCUCUUCCCUGAGCCUUCUGGGUGGCGUAUUUUUUUAUGCUUAUUAUGACGUAUUGUCUAGUCUGUGUUGUGACGUAUUUUGCAUUAGUCGGCAGUCGUAAAAAGGAACUUUGUAGACGGAGGUUGUGUAUUAUUUCUCUCUGAUAGCAAAGCGGCGCUAUACACGUGUAUAUGGUAUUUACAGUCUUUUCAUAUAAUUAGAUAUUAAAGAUGCAUUGAUUAAGAAAAAUGACUUGAGUUGAUUCAGUUCUUGUACGACGUAUUACAACGCGUAAAAGAACUUGAUGAAUUAACCAAUGCAGCGUAAAACUCUACUGGUGUUUGAUAACUUUUAGCAUGAAAAAAGAAAGAAACACCCCCAAAAAUGUUACAUAAAUAGAUGCCCGGUGUCAGAUGAAACAUAAUAUGGUUAAUUAAGGUUAUAUUACAUUGAAAAAAAACGCAAAGAGAUUCCAAGAGUUAAAGAAUCCCCUGCCCCUCCUGUUUAAUUUUCGUUCAAUAAAAUCUCAAAACUCCAAGGAUCUACAAGAAAGCUUCCAAGAGGAGGCUGAGAGAACUGGUAGAGAUAAGCUGCUUCUCGUGGCGGACGUCAGUGGAAACGACAUGAAGAGCGAUCAGGGCUACGAGGUUUUCGCCUUCUCACGGUGAGUCCCUUAGCCUAUGCCACGGUGAGUCCCUUUAGGCUAUGCCACGGUGAGUCCCUUAGGCUAUGCCACGGUGAGUCCCUUUAGGCUAUGCCACGGUGAGUCCCUUAGGCUAUGCCACGGUGAGUCCCUUAGGCUAUGCCACGGUGAGUCCCUUUAGGCUAUGCCACGGUGAGUCCCUUAGGCUAUGCCAUGGUGAGUCCCUUUAGGCUAUCCCACGGUGAGUCCCUUAGGCUAUGCCACGGUGAGUCCCUUAGGCUAUACCCCGGUGGGUCCCUUAAGCAAUACCGCGGUGAGUCCCUUAGGCUAUACCGCGGCGAGUCCCUUAACGGUGAGUCCCUUUAGGCUAUGCCACGGUGAGUCCCUUAGGCUAUGCCAUGGUGAGUCCCUUUAGGCUAUCCCACGGUGAGUCCCUUAGGCUAUGCCACGGUGAGUCCCUUAGGCUAUACCACGGUGAGUCCCUUAAGCUAUACCGCGGUGAGUCCCUUAAGCUAUACCGCGGCGAGUCCCUUAAGCUAUACCGCGGUCAGUCCUUUAGGCUAUGUAACGGUAAGUCUUUUAGGCUAUGUCACGGUGAGGUUUUUUAGGCUAUGUCACGGUGAGUCCUUUAGGAUAUGCCACGGUGAUUUUUUAGGCUAUGUCACGGUGAGUCCUUUAGGCUAUGAUGUCACGGUGAGUCAUUUAGGAUAUGCCACGGUGAGUCAUUUAGGAUAUGCCACGGUGAGUCAUUUAGGAUAUGUUAUGGUGAGUCCUUUAGUCUAUGUAACGGUGAGUUAUUUAGGCUAUGUCACGGUGAGUCCCUUAGGAUAUGUCACGGUGAGUCCUUUAGGAUAUAUCACGGUAAGUCACUUUGGAGAUGUCACGUUAAGUCAUUCUGGCUAUGUCACGGUAAGUCCUUUAGGCUAUGUCACGGUGAGUCCUUAAGGCUAUGUCACGGUGAGUCCUUUAGGCUAUGUCACGGUGAGUCCUUUAGGAUAUGCCACGGUGAGUCCUUUAGGAUAUGCCACGGUGAGUCCUUUAGGAUAUGCCACGGUGAGUCCUUUAGGAUAUGCCACGGUGAGUCCUUUAGGAUAUGCCACGGUGAGUCCUUAAGGAUAUGCCACGGUGAGUCCUUUAGGAUUUGCCACGGUGAGUCCUUUAGGAUAUGCCACGGUGAGUCCUUUAGGAUAUAUCACGGUUAGUCACUUUGGAGAUGUCACGUUAAGUCAUUCUGGCUAUGUCGCGGUAAGUCAUUCUGGCUAUGUCGCGGUAAGUCAUUCUGGCUAUGUCGCGGUAAGUCAUUCUGGCUAUGUCGCGGUAAGUCCUUUGGAGUAUAUCAGAUUAAGUCCAUUUUAGCUUGAUCUCGUUCAAAUACUUAGGAAAUGUCAAUGUCAUUCCCUUUGUCAAAAUUACAUUUUAAUUACGAGAGUUGGUUCAGUGGACAUUUUUCAUACAUACGUUUGAAUGUCGAAUGGACAUUUUAGAUGCAUGCUUUUGAAUUUGUACUGGACAUUUUAGAUGCAUAAUUUUAAUGUCAAAUGGACAUUUUAGAUGCACACUUUUGAAUGUCGAAUGGACAUUUUAGAUGCAUAGUUUUGAAUGUCGAGUGGACAUUUAAAGGACAUACUUUUGUUCGAGUGGACAUUUAAACCACAGACUUCUGGUGUAAUGGACUUAUAGAUACAGAUCGAACAGGCAUUUAAACAACAUACGUUAUGUCAAAUCGACAUUCCAUGUUAGAAUUAGUCGUGAGACAGAUCGACAGCUUGACAAAAGAUCAAACAAGAAUGGUUUUGUUUUGUUGUUUUGUUGUUGUUUUUUGUGCCUUCCGAAUGAAAAUUCAUUAUUUGAUUUUUAACAACUAGGCUGAGUGUGACCUUUCUACACUCGGCCCUGUCUUUGAUAUCCUCAAAUUAACAACUAGGCUGAAUGUGACCUUUCUACACUGAGCCCUGUCUUUGACAUCCUCAAAUUAACAACUAGGCUGAGUGUGACCUUUCUACACUCGGCCCUGUCUUUGACAUCCUCAAAUUAACAACUAGGCUGAAUGUGACCUUUCUACACUGAGCCCUGUCUUUGACAUCGUCAAAUUAACAACUAGGCUGAGUGUGACCUUUCUACACUCGGCCCUGUCUUUGACAUCCUCAAAUUAACAACUAGGCUGAAUGUGACCUUUCUACACUGAGCCCUGUCUUUGCCCUACUCAAAUUAACAACUAGGAUGAGUGUGACCUUUCUACACUCGGCCCUGUCCUUGACAUCCACAAAUUAACCACUAGGCUGAGUGUGACCUUUCUACACGUGGCCCUGUCUUUGCCCUCCACAAAUUAACAACUAGGCUGAAUGUGACCUUUCUACACUGGGCCUUGUCUUUGCCCUCCGAAAAUUAACAACUAGGCUGAAAAUGACCUUUCUACACUUGGCCUUGUCUUUGCCCUCCUCAAAUUAUCAACUAGGCUGAAUGUGACUUUUCUACACUUGGCCUUGUCUUUGCCCUCCUCAAAUUAUCAACUAGGCUGAAUGUGACCUUUCUACACUGGGCCUUGUCUUUGCCCUCCGCGAAUUAACUACUUGGCUGAAAGUGACAUUUCUACACUGGGCCUUGUCUUUGCCAUCUACAAACGUAAAGCUUGACCUCUUCUUGGUAUUUUGUUACAGGUACCUGGAUUUCAUCAACAUCUUGACCUUAAACUACCACGGCAACUGGGACAAAUAUCCCGGUCACAACAGCCCAAUUUUCGCAGACGACGGGUACAGUAUUGUAAGCAAACCCUGGGACUCAAACUUUAUUUUUUUUUUCUUUCUUUUUUUCUUUCAUUUUCUGGAGUCAAACGAUUCCAUCGCCUCGAUUCAAAUCUAAAUGUUAUAACUUUUUAAAUACAAAUUGUUUUAAAUAUUUUUUUUUACUGAAGAUUGAUGGGAUGUUCAUAAAGCUGAAACGUUCCAAUUUAAAAAAAAAAUGUUUACAUUAUCUACUUUAUAUAUAUAUUAUAUAUAUAUAUAUAUAUAUAUAUAUAUAUAUAUAUAUAUAUAUAUAUAUAUAUAUGUGUGUAUAUAAAUAAAUAAUCCAGAUUUUUCAAGCACGUUUCUAAUUUACAUUAGAUAAAUGUACAUCUUACAACCAAUUGAAUAAUAGCUACUCUUGCCUUCGUUAUUGUUGUUGCUGUUUUUUUUGUUCACGCUAAUUGUGUCGGUGUUGCUCUCAGGAUGAAACCCUACGGUACUGGGUCCAGCGGGGCAUGACCAGGUCACAGAUCAACGCGGCUAUCCCGACGUACGGACGGAGUUAUCACGUCACCGAGCCGGAAAACAGUCAACCGUACAUUAGCGGCACCGGGAUAGGGGGCCCCGUCACCAAAUCAGUUGGUUUCCUGUCGUUCUUUGAGGUCAGCAGUCAUUCGGGUUAACACAAUUUUUUUUUUCUUCUUGUGGGUUCUUUGCAGAGAUGAGGUUUAUUCAACUAUGACAUAAUUAGGCCCUUAGCAGCAUCAGUAACAGUGAUGAAUGUAGCACUGUGACCAUGAUGACUGCUAGGACUGUGACCAUGAUGACUGCUAGGACUGUGACCAUGAUGACUGCUAGGACUGUGACCAUGAUGACUGCUAGGACUGUGACCAUGAUGACUGCUAGGACUGUGACCAUGAUGACUGCUAGGACUGUGACCAUGAUGACUGCUAGGACUGUGACCAUGAUGACUGCUAGGACUGUGACCAUGAUGACUGCUAGGACUGUGACCAUGAUGAAUGGUUCUGGUGCGACUAUUGUUUAGAUUUGCCUUCUUCUUUCUCCUAUAUUGGAUUUUUUCACUGGUUUCAGCAGAAAUCCAUUCUUUAUCCGUUUGUUGCCUAGGGCCCAACACUUCUUCCCAGCUAGUCGUGAAUGUCUCUUUGAUUUCUUUCCAGUUUUUGUCAAUUUUUUCCUCAUUGCCUGAUUCCUUUAGGAUCUGGAACUUGUUGGAGAUGGUAAGUUUAAACUCCUUUGGCUUGGACUAGUCUUUCAAGAGGUCGGUGUUAAAAUGUUGGCGCUUGCUUCCCUCAUUAGUCCAGUUCUUUUUCAGUUUAAGCCUUAGUUUGGCAAUCAGUAGAUGGUGGUCUGAGGUUACAUCUGCCCCCCCCCCCUUUUUUUUACCCUUACAUCUUGGAGCGAUCGUCUAAACUUAUUGCAUAUACAGAAAUGGUCAUUUUGGUUAGCCGUUGACAUAUCUGGUUAAACCCAUGUCGCCUUGUGGAUAUUUCUAUGCAUGAAGGCCUCCUCCGAUGACCGGUCCAUCUGUAGCAGAUAGAUAUGCUAGUCUUUCACCAUUUUUAUUCAUCUCUCCCAUACCAUGUGUUCCCAUGCAUUCUUCAUAGCCUUUAUUGUUUCUGCCUAUUUUCGCAUUUGGGUCGCCCAUGAGUAUAACCAUAUUGCUCUUAGGACACCUUUGGACCGGGGUUCGCAGUCUGUUGUAGAAAUCCUCUUCUUUACUAUUGUUGGUAGGAGCGUAUACUUGUACGAUGUCAAUAUUGAUUUUUCAUUUUUUUUGGUCUUAAAUCUUGCCGUGAUUGUACGGGGGCCAUGCGCUUCCCACCCUAUAAGUGCGUUCUGGGAAGUUCUGGAAAGCAUGAGUGUCACUCCCUUGGUUGUGCGCCGCAUUUUCAUCUUCGUGGCCUGAGUAGAGCAGCAGUUCCCCCUGUGUUGAGCUUUAUCUGACCUGAGCCUGUCCAUCGAGACUCACUUAUUCCUCAGAUGGCUAGUUUGUAUCUCUGCAUUUCAGCAGAAACUUGGAUAGUUUUUCCAGUUUUGAACAUGGUCCUUACGUUCCAUGUUCCUAGGCUGGUGGUGGUCCUAGUGGAGAGGAUGGUUGUCCGCCGGUGGGUUUCCAGUUGGGCUUUGGCCACCCAGCUUCAUGAAUUCUCUGUUAGGAGACCCAUCCUUUCCAAGGUCCGAGUUUUCCUUUGAAAUCAUUGUGCGUGUUUUUGUAGCAGGGCUUUUUUUUACAGGGAAUGGUUGCUAGCCCUUCACCUAACCCUCCUCCCUUCUCACCCGGGCUUGGGACCGGCUACGGUGGAGUUGGGGUGAGGGUAACAAGCCUUUAAAUUAUGGAAUAAAUAAAUGAUUUUUUAAUGAGUUUUCUAAUAUUCAUUGUUUUAGUUUAUGUAAUAUAUUCACAUAUCCCUUGUUAGCUUCUGCAAAGCUUUUCAUUUAGUUUAAUAAUUUUCCUUUUUCUAAAUUUUAAAAAUAUAAAUGGCUGUCCGAAUAUGAAUAGGAACGAGACAAUUAGUCAAACAAUUUAUAAGGAUAUGUAAAAAUAUGUAAAUAUAUAUAUAUAUAUAUAUAUAUAUUAAUUUGGCAAACCCUGGCCAAGAAUAAACAAUGCUGUGAACAUGUCUUGGUAACGAGUUGAAUUUUUUUCAUUCUUUUUAUUCUUCUUCUUUUUUUUUUUUUUAAAAAUAUAUAUUCACUCUACAGUUAUGCAAGGUCGUCAAAGACGAAGGCGAAUUCUUCAUUAGCACCAUUGAGAAAUCGGCUAUCUACAAGUACGAAGGCUUGUGGAUCACGUACGACAACGUCGCGACCAUAAGAUACAAGGUAGGCCGCCCACUGCUCCCGUUUCGUUUCUAGAACUCUAUUUCUCUAUUGUUUUAGGCUAAAUCCCCGCUUUUGAACGCAGUUAGCGCCCAGUAAGGUUACACGUUUACGAAGAAUCUUCAGACAGGAAUUAAACUUUACUUCCAAGUGGCUGGUUGGGUUAAGCAGAUUUUUGUAUUUGGAAUGAUAAAAUUUUAAAAUCUGUCAGAUUAUUCUGGACUGUUUUUUAAGUGUUCAACUGAAAGGUCACAUGACCGCAACCUCGCUUAACGAUUGGCCGAUGCAUUCACUGCAAAUCCUUUGUCGCGCCUUUCAUCUUUGAUACGAAUAUGAUGCAUUUUGACAUAUACUAUAUGUUAUUUUAUAUUAUUAUAAUAGGGGUAUAUAUUAUAUUUUAACUGUAGAGUAAAAAGCGAAAUCGAUUGUUUUUCUUCAACUUCCUGGAGUGUAUCUGUUUAAAACUAAAAAGUAAGGGGAAGAAAACAUAAUUUGUACAUUACAAACCGCGGUUCUGAAAUGCGUUGCAGUUACAUUGCAUUGGGCUUUGGGGAGAGUAGAGUUUAUAAUACGUUAAAGGUAAAAUUAUAAGUUUAAUUCUGUUGUUUUUUUUUUCAAAAAUAUUUGUAUUCUAAGUUUGGCACUCACUUACUCUCCAAUGUCUCAACAAUAGCUAAAAUGUUUGGCUAUGAUGGCCACUAAAAUGUGUGUCUGUGAUGUCCAUUAAAAGGUUUGGCUGUGACGUCCACUAAAAUAUUUGGCUGUGAUGUCCACUAAAAUGUGUGUCUGUGAUGUCCACUAAAAUGUGUGUCUGUGAUGUCCACUAAAAUUGUGUCUUUGAUGUCCACUAAAAUGUGUGUCUGACAUGUCCACUAAAAUGUGUGUCUAUGAUGUCCACUGAAAUGGUUGUCUGUGAUGUCCACUAAAAUGUGUGUUUGUGAUGUCCUAUAGAAUGGGUGUCUGACAUUUGCACUAAAAUGUGUGUCUUUGAUGUCCACUAAAAUGUGUGUCUGUAAUGUCCACUAAAAUGUGUGUCUUUGAUGUCCACUAAAAUGUGUGUCUGUAAUGUCCACUAAAAUGUGUGUCUUUGAUGUCCACUAAAAUGUGUGUCUGUAAUGUCCACUAAAAUGUGUGUCUGUGAUGUCCACUAAAAUGUGACUCUGACAUUUCCACUAAAAUGUGUGUCUUUGAUGUCCACUAAAAUGUGUGUCUGUGAUGACCACUAAAAUGUGACUCUGACAUGUCCACUAAAAUGUGUGUCUCUGAUGUCCACUGAAAUGCUUGUUUGACAUGUCCACUAAAAUGUGUGUCUGUAUGUCAAAUAGAAUGGGUGUCUGACAUGUCCACUAAAAUAUGUGUCUGUGAUGUCAACUAAAAUGUGUGUCUGUGAUGUCCCCUAAAAUGUUUGUCUGUGAUUUCCACUAAAAUGUGUAUCUGUGAUGUCCCCUAAAAUAUGUGUCUGUGAUUUCCACUAAAAUGUGUGUAUGGGAUGUCCACAGAAUGUGUGUCUGUGAUGUCCACUAAAAUGUGUGUCUGGGAGUGCACAAAAAUGUGUGUCUGUGAUUUCCACUAAAAUGUGUGUCUGUGAUGUCCACUAAAAUGUGUGUCUGUAAUGUCCACUAAAAUGUGUGUCUUUGAUGUCCACUAAAAUGUGUGUCUGUAAUGUCCACUAAAAUGUGUGUCUGUGAUGUCCACUAAAAUGUGACUCUGACAUUUCCACUAAAAUGUGUGUCUUUGAUGUCCACUAAAAUGUGUGUCUGUGAUGUCCACUAAAAAGCCUACUUUAAAGAGUUCCCAAACUCCGAACGAUGGUUGGCUGAAAAUCAGCUGCAUAGGAAGAGGGUUUGGGGGGGGGGGGGGGCUUGGCGUUAGUCCGCUUUUGUUUUAGUCCGAAAAUUUUAUUUCAGGUUUUGUACUCAAUUAAUCUCUCAUUUGUUCAUUUUUGUUCUUGAUGAGAAUACGAUUUUAUUUUCCAUGAAUGGGUUUCAUUGUGGGGGGGAUUGGGUUUGGAUGGUGGUGUCAAAAUUAACUUCCACCACGCACGCUACAAUCUCUUACUACUCAUCUGAGCACUGUCUACUCUAUACCGUAGUCUGAAUACCACUCAUCUAUGUAUACUGCACUUUCGACUAUGUGUUUGGUGCUGGGUUUUUGUUUGUUUGUGGUUUUUUUUUUUCAUUGACGAUAACAUUCUUCUUAGGUUCAGUUCUAUCGAGAACGUGGUUACGGGGGCAUCGUCAUCUACACGUUAGACUUUGACGACAUCUACGGCACUGAGUGUCACGUGGGGGAGUUCCCGCUCACGAAGGCUGCCGCAGAAGCAUGCGA